AUGGAGAGCAAUGACUAUACGCUCUUCGAAUAUGAACAUACUACUGGCGUUCCAUCACUCUCAAUUAACAAUAAUUUUGCAUUGGAUAAGCUAGACUUCACACAUAAGCUCUCCACUCCACAUAUUAAGGAAAAUGCGGAAGAAGUUUACACACCACUCAAAAGUGAACGAAACUACGGCUUGAGUUCACACAAACAAGAUUUGAACAAUGAAGGAAACACUCAAAAGAGUGUUCUCAUUUAUAAAAAAAGUAAAUUGCUCAGCAUUAUUGGAUCGUACAAGGUCAAAUUCUCGGAUAAAAUGGGAAUUAUAGAAUAUUUAUUGCACACUUAUGCAAUUCUUUAUUCAAAAAAUAUCCACGAAUUGUACAACUACGAAGUGGUCUUGGAAAAUACCAAGCCAGAUUCAGAUGGUUUCUGGAACACACUAACAAAUCUUACAAGGAAUAAUCUUAAUGAAGAUAACUUCCCAAAAACAUCUAAAUGUGUAACAAUGCUCUCUAAUUUUAGUAAAAGAAAGGGCCAUUCAAAAUAUAUUAAAAAGAACUUUCUUAAAAAAAUAGACUCGCAUUUCACAAAAUUAUGCACAUGUCAUACUAGCGUAAUGGAACAUAACAACCCAGAUAGUUCUUAUUUGACAAGUAUUAGAACAUCAACAGAAAUAGCGCGAUUUAUAGAAAAGAUAUUGACUGAAUACAAGACAAUGAAUAAACACAAGAAGCUCGACCAUCUAUUAGACGUCGCUACAAUAUUUGACAAGAAUUAUGAUCUGUCUUCAGAUGUGCUCUACGAAGUCAUAAAGCAACAUGGUAAUCGAUUUAUACAAAGAAGUCUUUAUAGUACUGUGAAAAAUGCAAUUGGAACAUGUACAAGAGGAAUUAACCCUAAUGUCACCGCAAAAUUGAAUGAAUCGAGUGAUAGGAUCAAGAAAUUCAUAGAUACUAUACAACAGUUCUCUCUUGAUACCGGCGAUGAGACAAACUACUUUUACAGGUACAAUGACUAUUUUGGGGAAGAACGCCGCUGCUCAGCCAGAAGAAUCGCCCAGCUUAGAAGACAAUAUACACCCCAAUGA